AUGUCCGAAGCAUACCUCCAAAAUGAAAAGCGCUACAACUACACCACGCCAAAAUCCUUCCUAGAGCAAAUCGACCUAUACUCGAAACUGCUCACCGACAAAACCACUCAAGUGAAGCACAACAUCACUCGAUUGGAGAAUGGUCUGACAAAGUUGACGUCCACUUCAGAGGAAGUAGAUGGCCUAAAGGACGUUUUAGCUGUGCAAGAAGUGAACUGAAGGCGAAAAAUGAAGCCGCAAAUAAAUUGAUCAGCAGACUGUCAGCAGAGAAUGAGAAGGUCGCAGCCGAACAAGAGGUUGCUAGUACCGAAGAGGCCAAAGUCAAG